CUCUAUUUACAUGAGCAUAAAUAAUUUCCCUUUUGAAGGCUAAAAUUUACACAGUGGAAGCUUAAAACAUAAAUCUGGUGCUGCUUUUGCAUAAGGUGCCACAAAGGUGAUCAGUAAAACUCGCAGUCACUGUUUAUGUGGAAUUGCAAACACUGCAGAGUAAAACUAUGAACUUACCUGGAUUAAUUAAAAAAAAAACACAAACAAACCACAUUUCCAGGUUACUCAGUGCUGCUGCAAAGUAGAUUAGUGAUUGCUUUUUAAUGUGAUGGGAUUACAGCAGCCAUGGAGGAACAGGGCUGACUGUACUAAACACACAUCUGUACUUGGCCUGUCAUUGUCAUGUAUGAACGAGUUUCAUAUGAACGAGUUCUGACAGAAAUGGGGUGAUGUUUGCACUAUUGCUUUGCUACUGGGAGCUGUAAUAGGUAGAAUCUUCCUACAGCUUUAUUGGGAAAAGACAUACUAGAAGAAAAUCAAAUCCAUUCUAUACGGAUAUGGAGUUUUAAUGAAGCUGAUUAUCACAGGUGAUUUGUCCAAAACUGUCUUUAGGUGGAAGCAUGUAUUCUUGGCAUUAGACCAGUGCUAAUUAACUUAGACAAGCAGAGCUCUGGGUACAGUGUCUGAUCCUCACAGUUCUCACCUGUGCUUUUAAAGCAAAAAAAACUUAAAAAAACCUAAAAAAAAAAAAAAAAAAAAAAAAAGGAAACCAAAAAAACAAACAAACGAACCCCACAACCAAACCCACCCCACAAACUGCUGCAUUUUCCCCUUGUUCUCUCUUUCUGAAACACCAGUAAUCUCGUUAAUGAACACUAAGAGAUGCAGGUCACUGUGUUUCCACCACAUCUAUCUCCAUUACCUGUGAACAUCCAGACCCUGAGCAGGAAUACCCUUCACUCCAAGACAUGACCUCAUGUCAUUAAAAUGCUAAAGAAAAAAGAUGUCAUAAGUUUUACUUUUUAAAAAUACAGGUAAGGACUAUUAGCACUUGGAUUUGAAACAGCACUGGACUACUACUAACAGGACUGUUGCAACUACAACUUCAGGGAGUGAGUCCAAAUGUUGUUCCAGUACUUUCCAAAAAGUACCAGCCCUGGGAGGUGUUUCCAGGGUUUUUAUUUGUUUUAAAUAACUAACCUAAACCUUUUCUGUUGGAUAUAGAUCAACCUAUUACUUAUGGUGCUCCCCCAGGGAGUGAACACGAAGAAUGGAUGACUGUUCUCUAGAGCUGCCUGCCCUACUUUCUGUCUUCUAUGUUGAAGCAAACACAAGCUCUCCCAGUGAGCCUGUUUCUGUGAAAUUUAAUCAGGGUCAUUAAACCAGGGCCCCUGUGUCCCCAUGUUCAAAAUACAGCACCUGUCCCAUCUCCCUAUACCCUUUGUGGCAAUUACUUCCCAAAGCCUUUAACUUCACCACAUCCCAGAACACACUUAUGUAAUAGUGCAACCCUCACUUGAUGCUUUUUUUUUUUGUUGUUAUUUUUAAGACCUGGAUCUUGGCUCUGAACACUUGCAGUAGCACAAGACCAAUAUUGCUGUGAGGAGGGGACAUGCACAGGUGGUGACAGUGACUUCUGCAGGACCUCUGCAAACAAACUCUACACCACAACCAAAGCUGAAUUUCUAACUAGUCAGUCUGGAUCAGUUUUAACCUCCAUGCAGCCCCCUCUAAGGAUUUACUGGCCUGCAGAGUCCUUCACUUCAGAGGAAAGAUGCCAGGAAAAUUGUUCACACCAACAAAAAACAUACUGUAGAAAAGCAAACUAAAGCCUCACACUGUGGAGAAAUAUUCAUCAGCCUCUGGGGUUUGGCUCUCUUGAGAUUCUAAAUGGAUAUUCAGCCCUUCUAACUGUAGUAAAAACUAUAACCUGCUGUUGAAACUGCACAAGAUAAAAACUCUUCUAAAUGCUGGUGAGAUUGCGAAUCUGUAACAUGUGCAGCCUCCCUGUUCACCUCUGUGCAUAAUGACGACUGAAUUUAGAGUUACCAGAUAAACAACCUGGGAGCAGGGAAAACUCUGAGGCACUCAGGGCAUACACAGAAUUUUAAAAAAACCACAAACAACAAAACAUAACUAUGGGCACAGAGCUUUUGGAGGGGAAAAAAAAGAAGAAAACUCACCUGUCUCUUGCAGCACCAACAUCUAGCACAGCCACACUGGGAACCACCCAGAGCCCACCCUUUUGACAUUCAGGGCUUUCCAGGCCUUUCUGAUCAAGGAGCAGACCCUCUUCAGCUGAUUGCCAAUUGUUUUGAUACCCAUUAAUUCUGCCUUUGGGUAUCUAAUCACCACAGCUGCUGCUGCUCAUGCUCCAGUACUCCACCACUUUUCCCCCCAACACUUCCAUGCUUUUCUCUGCUCCAUGCCUUUCAAAAGCAAACCUGCUCUGGGAGCCUGCCCAAGGCCUUUGCUGCUGACUGCUGCAGUUUUAUCAGCAGGGCACUGGGUGACAGCUCUUGUGCAAGAGAGAUUUGGAUUAUGUAUUGGCAAGAAAUUCAUUACUUUGAGAGUGGUGAGGCACUGUCAGAGGUUGCCCAGAGAAACUGUGGCUGCUCCAUCCCUGGAAGUGUUCAAGGCCAGGCUGAAUGGGGAUCUAAGGAACGUGGACUAAUGGAAAGUGUCCCUGUCCACGGCAGGGGUUUGGAACUGGAUAAUCUUUAAGAUCCCUUCCAACCCAAGCCAUUCUGUGAUUCUGUGACUAGAACUCGCUCCUACUCGCCCUUAUUUUGGCAAACUUGCAUUUCUCAAGUACGAAACAUCUCGCUCCUGUAACUCAGGGAGCCUGUCGAGCGCUCUGUUUGCCGCGCCGAGGGCCCAGGAGGUUUUGCUCAGCUCUCCGCGUUCCCUCGCACAGGCAGAGGGAGCUGUGCCCGGGCGGCUCCGCCUCCCGCGGGUGCCACGAUGAACUGCAGCGAUGCGCGGCGGCUGCAGGCGCUGCUGGGCGCGGUGCUGCGGGAGCUGCGCGGCCACGGCAACUCCAGCGCGGCCCCGCAGGGACCCGGCCCCGGCCCGGGGGCGGACGGCUCGCUGUACAUCCUGCUCAUCAUGAUCUUCUACGGCUGCCUGGCCGGGGGGCUCAUCCUGGCGUACACCCGCUCGCGGAAGCUGGAGUCCAAACACGACCCCUACCACCUGUACAUCGAGCGGGACUGGGGCCCCCGCGGCCCGGGGCAGGCGGCCGAGGAGGGCCCCGAGGGGCAGCGGCCGUGAGAGCGCCGGGACCGGCAGGAGGAAGGGUCUGUCCUGCGAGGGCAUCGCUCCUGCUGCCCUCCGGCUUGGGACUACAGACAGCCAGAGACUGCGGGGGAAGCGAAACCCACUGCUCUUGGGCAGUCACACAGCGCUCAAGGCCUGUCGUGCGGUGAGAGCUGUCCUACAACUCUUGGAUUCCUUUGUAUCGCUUUUUACAAUAAACACCUGCUUUACCUAC